AUAGAAAAAUAGAAAUGUGACGCUUCUUUGCCGUAGUUUUAUGCGAAUAAAAUACGUUCUGCAUGGUUUAUUGUUAAAUUUAGUGUGCUAGAAUCAAAGCUGAUAAGUACUGUUCAUAUUAUCAGUGUAUUUAAUGUCAGGAAUAACAAAAACAAUUGAGAGGCAUGUAAUUUUCUUGAAAAGCACCUCACGCUUAUUGUAGUAGUACAUUUUGUAAGAUGUCCAAUUCUGGCGAAAAUGACAAGUUGGUUCCACUGCCACCCAACGCAAUAUCCAAGUAUUUGAGCCGUGACCUUGAGAACUCGCAAAUGGAUGAAGAAAACGGAUCUACCGAUAUGGUUGAGCUAAAGGAAUCAACAAAUAUUACAACCAACUUGACCAACAACUUUUCAACAUCCAAGGAAGAAGCUAAUAAAAGUAUUUAUGUUUCAGAUGAUUCCUCCUGCCGUGACUUAUCUAAAAGACCAACCAAUACAAGCAUGCCAAACGAGGUCUCGGGUCCUUCUUCAUCUCAUUCUAGUUUUGUAUACAAACCGUUUGAUUACACUCUCCAUGGCUUAACGGAUUUUGAAUCCACAAUUUGUUCCGUGAGGGAGGAGUACUCAGAACUAACAGGGUGUACAUCCUACUUAAGGAACCAAAAUGAAAAUUUCAAAAUCGUUACAAGCAACUCAAAAUUUUUUGUUACUGCCGACUCACUUCUCAAUGAAGAAUCGAUCAAAAGUCCCGAAAAUUCCCAAUUAAAAAAUAGAGUUACCACCCUAGGGGAAGAAGGCGAUCUUAAUAACAUUUUUUGCUCUACAAUGAGAAAUCCAGAGGAAAUGAUUUCCGCGUUUCCAGCAGAUGAGUCUGGAAUAAGCAAUCAGAAUAAUGAGGAAACCGCAGGUUCUCCAGAAGUAAAUAAUGGCCAAAAAAUAAUGCAAAAUCCAAAAGACAACCCUGAGGAAUUUAAGCAAAUCGCUGAUAAGAGAAAGUGUAACGAUACAUUGUUGGAGUACUUACUGGAAGUCACAGAGUUUUCCGAAAAUAUUCCUUCACAAUCUCAGAGAAGUGUUCUUCAACAUAAAGCUAAUGCCACAUAUUUAAAAGAUAUUAAAAUAUCGGGAAAUUUUGGAAAUAAUUUUGAAGAAUUUGGUGAAACUGUUGAUAAGGAGAAAGACAAUAAUGUAUUAAUAAAAAACAAUAGUUUGGAGUCUGGUGAACUAUCCGAAAAUACCACUUUAGAAAUGCAGCAAGACCAGUUUCGAUCUGUCGGAGAGGCCUUAGAAGUGAAAGCUGUCACUGAUGGCAAAGACAAUUCAAUCUGUGAACCUAAAAUCAUGCAAAGUCCAAAAAACAAUGCUGAAGACAUUAAGAAAACCGUUGGCGAAGGAACGAUAACUGAUGCAUUUGAACCGGGUGAGUUAUCUAAAGAUACCACUUCGGAGGAGCACCAAGAACAGCCUAAUCACAGGAAAUCAGAUGUGGAAGAUGGUGAAGUAUCCGACGAAGAAAAUGAUGCCCCAAAUGGUUUACCCACCGAAAUGUUAGCUGGUCAGGCUAUAGGGAGAGAUACAUUGGCUGAAAACGAAGUGAGCAAGCUAAUAAAGUCGGGACCUGAUCGUUUUGGGUCUGCUGAUAUGGAAGAUGGCGAGGUAUUCGGCGAAGAUAAUGAUAAUGUACCAAUUGAAGAGCCCAAGGAAGAGAACAGCGUUAUGCCAAUCUGUCGUUUUCACAUCCGCAACGCGUGCCGUUGGGGCAGCAACUGUCGAUUUCGUCAUCCGAAAAUGGGCAACAAGGGCAAUUAUGAGAUGUUUGAAAAAAAGGUGCUGCCAGGACCCCCACCAACUCCACCAGGAUGGACACCUUUUACCGCUCCAUGUGUUGAUACCUUCCAAACGUCACAAGCCGAGAAAAUAACAUGGCGGCUUGGAAGCGCGACAAAAACGAGAUUCAACGUCUUGGACAACGACCCCUACUACUCACAGAACGGCCAGGAGCGUGUUCCUCUUCUGCCGACGCCGACAUUCGAUGAACUAUUGACGGCGCAAAAGAAGUAUCAAAACCAGACAGUCCGCCAGCCGCCGAUACCCCCAAAACACAAACCGAUAAUGUGGGAGAAACGACUGAGCAGCAGCUCACCUUCUCCUAGUCCUAACGUCUCACCAAGUCGAUUGUCCAAACAUAUACGAUCGAAUUCGCGGCCAACAUCAACGUCCUCCGCGAUGUCCAGACAAGCGAUCAAACGUGCCCGUUGUCCAAGUCCUCCAAGGACCUUUGUCAACAAAAGUCGAGGGCCUCGAACUCCAUCAUGCAGCCCACCAAGGCGUGUCAAUAUCAUGGUACGCCCUGAACCAAAACAGAAAUGUCUCAGCAACAACGACGACAAUUCUAGUGAGUCCUCCGAGUCGACUAGCUAUGAAUCCACCACCGAAAGCUCCGAUGACUUCUCUUCUUCCUCUGAAUCUGAUGCCAGGGAAGCGAGCUCUAAGCGGGCUUGGAAAACAAGCACAUCAUCAUCGGGAUCACAGGAAAAAUAUACAUCAAAAAAUGAAAAAGCAUCUUCAUCGAAAUAUGCAGAAAAACGGCGAACAAAGACUUCAAAGUCUAAAACUCGAAAACAAUCGCACACACAAACUCCUUCAAAAUCAUCGACGAAAACUCCAGCAAGAAAUCCUCUAAAAGUUAUGCCCAAUGCACCAAAAAAACCUCGCAGCGCAAUGGAUACUUCUUACAGUACCAAAAAGAAAAUGUCCCGACAGAAAUAUUUACUAAUGCAACUUUUGCACGUGGAGGAGCAAAUCGCCAAGAAGAAAAAAAGGCGUUUGAAAACUGCUAAAGUAUAAUAUUUGUAUUUGAUUCCAUUA